CGGCGUUCGAAAGCGACUACUCGAGCGAGCUCUGGCCGACUUCCUGUCGUCUGCCGUCGUGCGCACGGUCCUGCAAGCGGCAACAUGUUACUGCGUACUGUUUACUUUCGCUUGCGGCCCUCGACAAUCCGGCGCCUAUGGCAACCGAUGAGCACACACUCGGACGGGUGCAUCCGGAGGGCGAACGAAGACAUCGAGACUCAACGGGCACGAUUGCUCUACCAGAGUCGCAAGCGUGGCAUGCUCGAGAAUGACCUGAUCCUCAGCACAUUUGCAGCCAAGCACCUGGCCUCGUUCAGCGCCGAGCAGCUUCAGCAGUAUGACAGGCUCAUCAAUCUGCCUUCAAACGACUGGGACAUCUACUACUGGGCAACAGGAGCCAAGGAUACUCCGACAGAAUUUGAGAACGAAGUCAUGUCACUGCUGCGACAGCACGUGCGCAAUGACGAGCGUGAGCAGCGAUUCAAGCAGCCUGACAUCUCGUAGCCAAAUAAGAAGUGACUACAACAUCCCAGUGUGCUUUGAGGUUGUCCAACAGUUGAGGCUUUAAAAAAAGGGCCCGGUGCACUUAGCUUGUCUAGUCUACGUUGCUUCACUUUGACUUUCGGCCUUUGUCCUAAACAACAGUGCUUCACCUGACUGACAACAACUAGGUGAAACAGUGUGAAUCCCACAUUCUGUAGAACCGCAGAUUAAAUUUUCCUGGCACAU